AUGGUGUUGGCCGUAACGCUAUCCACAAGCUCUUGCUACUUUACGGUCGCUGGAAUUUUGUUGUUCAAAUUUAAAUUGGACAAAAUCCCUCAAAGUAAGAAGAUAAUCAAAAUCUACAAGAUCGUCUGUCUUAUCAAACAAAAUAAUUGGUUGAUAUCCAUCAAAGAUAAGGACUCUCGCACCAGCAAACCCGCCCAAUCUUGGCCACCAUCCCAAUGUCAAAAGGUGUUUGUUCUUGAUCAUUCUAACGUGCCUGAAAUCAAUCACACGCCUGAUUGUACAACUUUGGCUUCCAACAUGGGUGCCAGCAAUGCACCCAGUCGGACAACUUCCUCUCAUCGCCCAGCGGGGACCGUCCAACAGACCUCGCCUUUGCAAUCCCGCUCCAGAUCACGUAUCCGAGGCCUAUUGAUAGGCCCUGGGAGGAGUGGCGAGCACCCAAGCGGCAAAUAUAGCAAUCAAUCACGCCAUGGAAACCACUCCUGGAAUGGGCUCACCUCCAUCAGACUAGGGCGCCGGCGCAAACAACCUGCUCCCUCGGAACCACCCCCAGCUGCUCAAGAACCCCAACUGUAUUUGAGCCACUCCGCCAACCGUUUGGGAAAACCUUCUCCAGCCAAUCACCAAUUGAGCCCCACCACCAAUCCAGGCACUCCCCCUGCUUAG